GUGCCUUCAGCCUACUUCCUUACCGAUGUCUUUGUGGAGCUCGAUCGGCAGCUUGACAAGAAGAUGUUUCGCCCUGUAAAGGGGGAGUGUCGAAUGCAGCAGGCAGCUCAAGAGGGGUGCAAGCUGAAGAAAUGCCUCGGUGCCUUGAGAGCUUUGUGGCGAAGUUCGCGACGUGGUGGCACCGACAAGGUGCGCCACUUGAAAUCUUUUCUUCGCGAGAGCCCUGCUCAUCAUGGAAGAAGGCGCAAACGUUCCGCGUCAUCUGACGGUGACAAUGACAAUGAAGCGCCGGCAAUUCCUGAUGAGGCUGCAGAGCACCUUCCUGCCCGUGCUCCGCAUGAUGAAGCUGCAUCGGACCCGACCUCUGAGGAAGAGGGGGAGCUUGUGUGUGAUGAAGCUGCAUCGGACCCGACCUCUGAGGAAGAAAAGGAGCUUGCGCAUGAUGAAUCUGAGGAAGAAAAGGAGCUUGCGCGUGAUGAAGCUGCAUCGGACCCAGCCUCUGAGGAAGAGGGGGAGCUUGUGCGUGAUGAAGCUGCAUCGGACCCAGAAUCUGAGGAAGAGCAGCUACCUGACCCGGGUGUUGUUGUUGGAACAGGCCCAACUUCUCACGAGGAAGCGGCCAAGGCUGACUCAAGUCAGACAAGCUGUUCAAGCAGGUCUGAUGAUGAAAAGUCUGACGACAGCCUGACAGCGCCAACGCUGAUUUUGGGGCAACAAGACGAAGAGUCUGAGGAGAGCGGCAGUGCGAGCGGCUCCGACCACAGAGACUCUCAAGUCUCAUCGGGUUGGAUGGGGAAAGCGAUCAACUACUACAGCCGGAAAGAGAACGAAGUCGCUCACAUCCAAAAACUUCUGAAGGACAUAAAGGCUGAUUUGGAAGAGGCAAUGGGCGGUGUGCUUCUGGAAGCGGGGCAAUGGCGUCUAUAUGAGGAGUGGUGUUCCAAAGCGCUGCGCACUUACGGUGACACUGCCUACUCCAAGCUGUCCAGCCUGGAAUCUUUCAAAGAGCGCAAGCGGCCCUUCGACAAGGCCAUGGGCCUGAUGGGCAUGGAACACCUGGACGAUUCGGAAUCCAGUACCAGGACGCCUGCGGCCAAGCGGCCAAAGCAAGGCGAUGUGGUUGCGCGUGCUCUCUUUCAGACUCCUCCUCCAAUUGUCGGCCCUCAGACCGCCAAGCGCAUGGCCGAGCGCAAGGGCCAAGACAAGCUUGAUGAGUUGGGCGGGGAACAAUUCGGAGAUGUCUUGAACAAGUUCCAUGAGCACGACCUAGAUGCACUUCAGGUACUGCAAAUCUUGAGCUGCAACAUCUUUCUGGGAGGACUGGGAAUCGUUGCGCAGCUAGUUAGGCUCAAGGAGAUCCAGGCCAAGAUGCCUUUUCAAGACGACAGUGACCAGUCAGAAGAGCGGCCGCUGCCUCGCAACAUGAAGGAUAAGCAUCGAUGUUGGCUCAUAGCAGGACUUAAGCAUUUGCAAAUGCCGCUUGUGCAGGGCAUCGACUGGUCUGAGCAAUUGGACCACUUUGAGUCCUUUUCAGGAGAUGCAGAAGUGACCAAGGCUGAGUGGGAGGCAGGGCGCUCAGCGGCACCUUUCGAUGUGAGACUUGAUCCAGAACGAAUGGAUUUGCUCUCCCCUGCGGGCUUUGCGAACGCGCUACAUUGUGUUUGCCGGCUGCGCCCUGGAGGAGGGAAGCUCACUGCUCCUGUCUGUUCAACGUGGGUCUUCGUGAGCCGCGGCAGCACACUUCGAUCGGCCACUCGACCUUUAGGGAGGAAGGAUUCGCAGGCAGUGAGGGAUGGCAACAUCCUUACAGCGCGAGCUCUGAUCUUGGUGAUCCUUGCAGCUUGCAAAGCAUGCUUCUGGGUCCUGGAACAACCAGGUUCGUCGAUCAUGCACUUGCACCCACUCUUUCAAUACUGCAUCCGCCGCAUCGGCGUUGAGCGGCUCAUGAUCGCGAUGGGAAACUAUGGAGCGCCAACCCCCAAGCGCACCAUACUUUUUACAGGUCAUGGUCGCUGCCUCAGAGACAUCCACGACUAUGCGCAGGAACCGGAGUACGAACAGCGAGAGAUGGUCGUGAGCUACCAGAACCAGAAGGGGGAACGCCGUGUUCACGGGGGCAAGACAGCGAAGGCCAAGGAGAUGGGGAAGGAAAAGGACGCCAAAAGGAAAGUAGAAGUCCAAGAGGAGAAGAAAGAGAAGAAGGGUGAGCCAAAGGUAGAAGACAGGAAGAACAAGAAAGAGAAGAAGGCAGAAGAGCCAGAAAAGAAAGAGAAGACUGCGCAGAAGGAAGAGUCUGGCAAAGAGAAGAAGAAGAAAGAGGCAAAGUCAGAACCGCAAGAAAGGAAAGGCGCGAAAACGAGCGCAGAAGAAGACAAGAAGGAGAAAGGUAAGAAGCGCAGCGGAGAAGUGAAGAAGGAAGACAAGACAGCAAAGAAGCCAGAAUGCAAGGAAGGCAAGCCACAUAAGAUGGUGGUAGUGGUAGAAGAAAAGAAGAAGAGUGGAGGAAACAAGAACGACAAGGAGGAGAAGGAUGUCGCAGGAGAAGGUAAGAAGAAGGACAAAGAAGGCAAGAAAGGGAAGAAGGAGAAGAAGGAGAAGAAACGAGAGAAGUCCAAAGACAAGAAGAAGGAUAAAGAUACAGUGAAGAGAAAGCGCAAGGGGAAAGAGGGUGAAAUGCCAGAUCCAAAGAAGAGCAAGAGGAGUGGCAAGACAGUCAAGUGGCAGCCGGCCAUGAAAGACAAGAUUGAGCCAAUCUUUGACGCAGCUUCUACCAAGUCAUCUUCCACCAGCUUGUCUUCGAAAGAGAAGGCUGAGAAAAGGCUCGCAGAGUUGGCAGCUGUUCUGGAGGCAUCGAACGAUUCAGACUCUGAGUCUUGCAAUGCUACUGACCUUGAAGCCUUCGUCGACAACAUGGACGGCUCCAUAUCUGGUGAUGAGUCCAUGUCCUGUGCGGAAGAGAGUGAUGAGUCUGAACAGGAGGAGCCAGAGGAGGAAGAAGAUGAAGAGGGUGAAGAUGAUGAAGGAGGGAAGGAGGAGGACGAAGAAGGAGCCUCAGAGAGUGAAGAAGAAUCAGCUGAUGACAAGGACCAGGAGGAAAGUGACGAAGAUGAAAGCGAAGAAGAAGGAGAAGAAGAAGAUGAAGGUGAUGUGAAGGGAGAGGAGAAAGACAAGAAGGAGCCCGAGGAGCCUUGCCACGCUUUGGUUCCCAUUGUGCAGCACACCGCAGAGACUGCCGUGGCACUGCGCAACAGCAUGACAAAUAAAAGGGAGUGGGACACAUUUUGUCGCCAAGCAAAGAGCAAGGGCAAGAUGCCUGUGGAAUUGUCCGACAUGUUCGUCUCCCAGAAGACCGAGCUGUUCAACCUCUGGCUGGACUCGAACUACAGCUGGAAAGAAUGCGCCCUGGCUGUCGAGCGCCAGAGGCGGGAGGUUGCAGAAUCCAAGCGUGGCUGGAAAGCGGUGCAGGGAAAAGAACUGAAAAAGCAGUACGCGCCGGAGAAAUGGCAGAAGCUGAGGGACAAGAGAAUUCAGCAAGGGCUCGUGUACAAGGAUGACGACUCUGGCUCGGACGAGGAGGAGACCGGUUUCUUUCGGUGUUCUCGAGCGGAGAUGUGGUAUUUCGUUCGGCAGGGCGAUGAGAUCACCCAGAAGGAGCAAUGCAUUGAGACUCUUGGCAUGAAGGCCAAGGUCGACGUUGACCCUGACAUGCGGAGUGCUCUGACCUCAGAGGAUGGAUUGUUGAGGCCUGGCGCUUUGCCAAAGGUCGCGGGUGCUUCUGCAGGUGGGAGCAAGGUUCUCUUGCAGGCCAUCACUACCGGUGUGGCUGCGCCCAAGAAGAAAAAGAAGGAGGAGCAGGAGCAGGCCCAGGAGGUAGAGCCACAAACUUGGGCAGAAAAGGCACAGACCUUGCUUCCUGAUAUGUUGAAGGAGGCCUGCGAAGCUCGCAAGCUGUCAAUCAAGCUUGGUGGCCUGGAGUUUGCUCAGGAGCUCAGCAAGGAUUUGCUGUCUCAUGCUGGUCAACUGGAACAGAGCUACAAGAAGUUGGCAGCAAAGGUGGGUGAAGGAAACGAGAAAGCGCUCAAGGCCUACGUGAAUUCUGCCAAUGACCUCAUUGCAAAAGGUUCCAAAGCUCAGGUACGGCAAGCUGUGCACCAGACGAUCGCUCGUUUGACGGCCUGGUCAAUGAAGCUGGCCUCCAGCGGUGUGGGUCCUGAUACAGGGCUUGCUUUUUUUGCGUUCAAAGCAGACCUCAAAGCCCGCUAUGAGCUUCACAACUUCAAGCGGUACUACCGUUGCAACGAGUUUUGUGACCGAUGCCUAGCAAUGCAGGGGACAAGGCGCCGACCCGAGUUGGAUUACCGCAAUGUCACCAAUAGCUCUGCGUGGCACUUGACGGCCAUCAACCACCAAGCUUACAUGCAGUUUGAUGCAGACUCACUGAGUCAUUGGGUGUCCAUGCCAGGGUUCAACUUUUUAGCAAUCACCUUUGACUGGAUGCACAAUGUCUAUUUGGGCACUGGAAGGGAUUUGUGCGCAAGUGGCAUCAUAGUCCUGAUAGACAAGGGUCUUGUUGGGGGUUUGGACGGGUUGGACAUGGAUGAAGCGCUCACCCGCGUCCAUCGACGAAUGAGGGAUGUUUGUCGCCAACACGGGUUGGCGUUGCCAGCGAAGCCAAACCUGACCCAAGCCAACCUCACUGCGGAAGAUGGCUAUUUUAGCAUGGGUUCUAGAUUCAAAGCUUCCCACAUAAAGCGAAUGCUUUGGUGGCUUGCCAAAGAAAGUCAGGAACUCGCAGAUCAAAACCCCACUGACGCUGUCCUCAAUGUUCUGGCCAUGUGCAGCUUUGCCCUGCAGCGGUGCACAGAGCUCAUGGACCUGUCAGGCGUCAUCUUCACCGAGGCGCAGGCGAAGGAAGCGAGCGAUUCAUUGAAACUGCACCUCCAAGCGUUCUUCUGGCUGUCUGCCUAUUUCUAUGAAAG